UCUCACUCCUCCUAAAGUGUGAUAAAUACUACAAAAUUAACCCACAAAGAGGUGUGUAAGUACAUGCAUGUUAGUGUUUUGUUGAAGAAAACAAGUGAAAGUCUUCACAACAUUUUUUUGCUACCUCACUUCAAUUCUUGAGACAAUGAAGGACACCACCGCCGGCGCCGCUGCGGAGAACGCUGCCGGCGGCGGCAAUAGGGCACGGAGUUCCUUUAGCCACCGUUUGGGGAGAAGGGUCAUGCAAGUCGGCAUGUUGCUUGUUGUGUUUGGUGUGUUGUGGAUGUUCCUAUAUAAUUCUACCUCUUUCUUUGGAUUUCCUUCCUUCUCACAUUAUUACUUCAUUGAUGAGUCACCAAAGGCUGAUUGUGAAUCAAGGCUAGAGGGUGUUCUUAGAAACGCAUCUAUGAAGGAUAAGACAGUGAUAAUCACAACUUUAAAUGAUGCAUGGGCUGAGCCAGGUUCCAUAUUUGACCUCUUUCUUGAGAGUUUUCAGAUAGGAAUCCAAACACAAAAGCUUUUAAAUCAUUUGGUGGUAUUAACUUGGGACCAAAAAGCACAUGCUCGUUGCCUUGCUUUGCACAAACAUUGUCACCAACUUGAAACUAAAAGUGAUGACAAUUUCACCGGUGAAGUAUUUUUCAUGACCCCAAACUACCUACACAUGAUGUGGACAAGAACUAAAUUACUUGGUUCUAUCCUUGAUAUGGGAUACAACUUUGUGUUCACGGAUACUGAUAUAAUGUGGCUUAGAGAUCCCUUCAAAGAGUUUUACAAAGAUGCUGAUUUCCAAAUAGCAUGUGAUUAUUUCAAUGGCAAUUCCCAUGACUUAAAAAACCUUCCAAAUGGAGGGUUUAAAUAUGUGAAAUCGAAUAACCGAUCUAUUUGGUUCUACAAGUUUUGGUUCAACUCUAGGAAUGUUGACCCAAGGUUGAAUGAGCAAGAUGUGUUCAACAAUAUCAAAACGAACCCUUUAGUUUCCAACAUGAAGCUAAAGAUUAGGUUCCUUAGCACUAGCUAUUUUGGAGGGUUUUGUGAGGCUAGCAAGGACCUCAAGAAGGUCUCAACAAUGCAUGCCAAUUGUUGUGUUGGUUUAGAAAAUAAAGUCAAUGAUCUCAAAAUUUUGCUUGAGGAUUGGAAGAAGUAUGUAGCAUUGUCUGAAAAUGAGAAAAAACAGUCACAUCUUUCUUGGAGCGUACCACAAAGUUGCAGGACGUCCUUUCAACGUGCCAAACAAAGGAAGGAAAACUAAGGGAGGUUGUAUAAAGAUAGUCAAAUUGUUGGAGAAUGAUUCACUCAAAUAUUGGAUCUGCGUUGCCAAACUAAUCCUUGUGUCAUGGAAAGGAAAAGUGUAGAAAUGGUACCCACAUCACAUUAAAAAUGUGGUAAACAGAUAAAAAAAAAAAAAA